AUGGCGUUUGACGUGACACUAGGGGCCACCAUGGUUGACCAAACCAUGCUGAUGAAGAAAUACCUCCAGUUCGUGGCAGCUCUCAUGGAUGUGAACACACAAUGUGACAUUGUCACCUCAGUGCUCUACGUUCCUGGAACAUAUCAUCCCGCGAUUUCUUACCUUUCUUCAGGGCGGAGAAGUCCAGUUUCUUCAGGAGAAGCCGGCCCAGGGCUCCCCAACCCCUUUGCAAAGGUCGUCGUGGACGGGUCUGGCCAGUGCCACUCAACCGACACUGUGAAGAACACGUUGGACCCCAAGUGGAACCAGCAUUAUGAUCUGUACGUUGGGAAGACAGAUUCUAUAACCAUCAGUGUGUGGAACCACAAGAAAAUCCACAAGAAGCAGGGAGCUGGCUUCCUGGGCUGUGUGCGGUUGCUCUCCAACGCCGUCAGCAGGUUGAAAGACACCGGAUACCAGCGUUUGGAUCUAUGCAAACUAAAUCCCUCAGAUACUGAUGCAGUCCAUGGCCAAAUAGUGGUCACUUUACAGACUCGAGACAGGAUAGGCCCUGGCGGGUCCGUGGUAGACUGCAGGGGACUGUUGGAGAAUGAAGGAACCAUGUACGAAGCCUCGGGGCCUGGGAGGCCACUCAGCUGCUUCACGGAGGAGCCAGCCCCGUACACAGAUGGCCCCGCGGCUGCUGCUGGUGGAGGAAACUACAGGUUCGUGGAGUCCCCAGGACAAGAUCAAAGACUUCAGGCACAGCAACUGCAACCUGAGGUGCGAGGAUCGCUCCAGACGCCCCAGAGGCCGCACGGCCACCAGUCCCCAACGCUGCCCGAAGGCUACAAACAAAGGACCACAGUGCAAGGGCAGGUUUACUUUUUGCACACACAGACUGGAGUCAGCACGUGGCACGACCCGAUACCAAGAGACCUUAACAGUGUGAAUUGUGAUGAACUCGGACCACUGCCUCCAGGGUGGGAAGUGAGAAGUACGGUUUCAGGAAGAAUAUAUUUUGUAGACCAUAAUAACCGAACAACUCAGUUUACAGACCCAAGGUUACACCACAUCAUGAAUCACCAGUGCCAACUCAAGGAGCCCAGCCAGCCGCUCCGCUUGCCCAGCGAAGGCUCAGGAGAAGAUGAGGAGCUUCCAGCCCAGAUAUAUGAGCGUGACCUCGUCCAGAAGCUCAAAGUCCUCAGACACGAGCUCUCGCUUCAGCAGCCCCAAGCUGGUCAUUGCCGCAUCGAAGUUUCCAGAGAAGAAAUAUUUGAGGAGUCUUAUUGCCAGAUAAUGAAGAUGCGACCAAAAGACUUGAAAAAACGCCUGAUGGUGAAAUUCCUGGGGGAAGAAGGCCUGGACUACGGCGGGGUGGCAAGGUGA